CUCUGAGCCCUGCGAUGUCCAACACCUCUGCCUUUCCACCCAGCUUCUUCUGGGUCAACACCUCUGGAGGCAGCAUACUGAAUGCUGAUGAUGCUGCCAUGCCUGUCCAAUUCCUAGCCCUGAGGGUCACAGUUGCCCUGGUCUAUGGGCUUGUGGGGGCCAUCGGCUUGCUGGGAAAUUUGGCGGUCCUGUGGGUACUGGGUAACUGUGCUCGGCGAGCCCCUGGCCCACCUUCAGACACCUUUGUCUUCAACCUGGCGCUGGCGGACCUGGGGCUGGCACUUACUCUCCCCUUCUGGGCAGCUGAGUCAGCACUGGACUUUCACUGGCCCUUUGGAGGUGCCCUCUGCAAGAUGGUCUUGACUGCCACUGUCCUCAAUGUCUACGCUAGCAUCUUCCUCAUCACAGUGCUGAGUGUUGCCCGAUACUGGGUGGUGGCCAUGGCUGCAGGGCCAGGCACCCACCUCUCACUCUUCUGGGCCCGUGUGGCCACCCUGGCAGUGUGGGUAGUGGCUGCCCUAGUGACAGUGCCCACGGCUGUUUUUGGGGCUGAAGGUGAGGUGUGGGAUGUGCGACUCUGCCUGCUGCGCUUUCCCAGCAGGUACUGGCUCGGGGCCUACCAGCUGCAAAGGGUGGUGCUGGCCUUCAUGGUGCCCUUGGGUGUCACCACCACCAGCUACCUGCUAUUGCUGGCUUUCCUGCGGCGGCGGCAACGGCGACGGCAGGACAGCAGGGUUGUGGCCCGCUCUGUUCGCAUCCUGGUGGCCUCUUUCUUCCUCUGCUGGUUCCCGAACCACGUGGUCACUCUCUGGGGCGUCCUGGUGAAGUUUGACCUGGUACCCUGGGACAGCACUUUCUACACCAUCCACACCUAUGUCUUCCCUGUCACCACUUGCCUGGCACACAGCAACAGCUGCCUCAACCCUGUGCUGUACUGUCUCCUAAGGCAGGAGCCCCGGCAGGCUCUGGCAGACACCUUCCGGGAUCUGCGGUCCAGGCUGUGGCCCCAGGGUCGAGGCUGA